AUGUGUCUUGACAAAAGCGGUAAUUUCGAGACGGUGUUCUUGGGUCCAGCUGGAAAAAACCCCAUUCUGCAGAAUGCCGUUGAGGCGACAGUUCGUUGCUCUCACAACCGUCAAGUGGACGCCUCGGUGGAUAGCAAUGCCAUUGAAGCGACGUGGGAAGCCCUAACACAUAAAAACCGCAGCUGUGGCAGAGGGGAACCACAGAAUGGAGGCGUGUACAAUGGCCUUAAGUUUCGGUUGCAUGGUGUGGCAUGGGAUGGAAAGAAGUGUCACUUAGAGCUUGGCAUGACAGACUACAAAACUAGCAUUGGGACGACGAGAAACAUCGGCACCUACGUGGAACUCGCGAAGGCAAAGGGAACCACUGUGGAUAAUUAUCUUUCCAAUGCCCUGGGUGUUGAAUGCUUUACUGUCACAUCGGACGGCAAGGGUGUUCUGUUUCGCCGUUCAGAGGCUGUUAGCGAAUACGCUGGGUUCUUGUGCUUUCCUGGGGGCCACCCCGAGCCAACGGAAAUUCUGAACGUGCAAAUUUUGGAAGCAACACGCAGCGGCGGACCCACCAGUGAAUCACUUGUGGAGCAGGCGACCGCGUGGUUUGAGUGUGUAAACUCCUCUGCUCUUGUGAGACUUUUUUUUGAUUCGGCGGCGAUGGAAGUGGCGGAUGAACUUGGUGUGGAGCGUUCCUCGUGCCGCAACAGAGGCCUCAUUAGUGUUGUGAAAAACGCGCACACCAGGAAGCCCGAUAUCUGUUUUUGGAUCGAGCUGAGUCAAACCGCUUCUGAGGUGGAGGCGUGUUUUAAUCGCCGGAAUGGCGCAGAUGCCUUUGAAUCUGUUCCCAACUCCUUGAUGUUCAUCGAGCUCAACGCCAUUGGUACGGACGAAGAAUCUGUGAGGCAUUUUGUGGCAGAAAACCUGCAAGGGAAUAUAACGCCAGGGUCGCUUGCAUGUCUAGUGCAAGGAAUUAAUUUCCUUCGGGUACAUCAAUAA